GAGUGGAGCAUGAGGAGCUGUCCUACCUGCUGCUCUCACUGCUCAAAUAUUAAACAAGGGGUUUCUGGGAACCGAUGCUGCUGCUCUGGGACAAGCCCAAACUCUGGAGGCAGCCAGGCUUAGUGGUUUGUGGACAGGCAGUCUGCUGCUGCUGCUGCUGGAGGCACCACUGUAUCUGAGAAUCUGAUGGAGGAGGAGGUCACAGAGCCCGAUCCCCAGACGGCGGAGCCCUCCGGCAUGCUGCCGCCAGGGACGCACUCGGAGGCAAACGGAGAUUUGCCAGGCAACCCAUACCUGAGGGACGGGACAGUGGAUGUGAUGGAGAGUCCAGUGAGGGAGCCUGUUGUGCUGCAGUAUCCUGCUGAGUACAAUCACAGCCACCAGUAUGGGGAGAAGAUGCCGUUCCACCAUGUGACGGCAGGUCUGCUCUACAAGGGGAACUACCUGAGCCGCUCGCUGUCCGACAGUGACAGCGACGUGUUGGCCAGCAUCUCUGUGGAGGAGCUCGAUGAGAUCCGCGAGGCGUUUAAGGUGCUGGAUCGUGACGGAAACGGGUUCAUUUCCAAACAGGAGCUGGGUAUGGCCAUGCGCUCCCUGGGUUACAUGCCCAGUGAGGUGGAGCUGGCCAUCAUCAUGCAGAGACUAGACAUGGAUGGUGAUGGACAGGUUGACUUCGAGGAGUUCAUGACGAUCCUUGGACCCAAACUCCUGUCGUCUGAAACGAGAGAAGGCUUCCUGGGCAGCACGAUAGACACCAUCUUCUGGCAGUUCGACAUGCAGAGGAUCACCCUGGAGGAGCUGAAACACAUCCUGUUCUACGCCUUCCGCGACCACCUGACCAUGAAGGACAUCGAGAACAUCAUCAUCAACGAGGAAGAGAGCCUGAAGGAAAACUCUGGGAACUGUCAGACAGAGUUUGAGGGAGUUCACCCCUCAAAGAAGAACCGUCAGACGUGUGUGAGGAAGAGCCUCAUCUGCGCCUUUGCCAUGGCGUUCAUCAUCAGCGUCAUGCUCAUCGCAGCCAAUCAGAUGCUGAGGAACGGCAUGGAGUAGCCGUGCUCACUGUGAGCGGGGAACAAGCCAGCCUGCAUGUGCAUGCCAGUGGGUGAGGUCACAUCCCUGCUGAUAGGAAAAGAACUACAAGGAGUAAUAGUCAAAAUAAUCAUCAACAAAAUCUAUUUCUUAAAAUUAUUCUUAGGUUUUUUUUUUUCGCCUCUCCACCCGACGUCCAAUGAAACCGUGAAGCCAGCAAGAGGAGUUAUGCAGGACUCCUCCCUCUUUACUCUCACAGGGACACUCAAGGGCUGACAUUACACAUAAUACUCUGUCGUCUCUGUUUCCCUGAUGCAAUAAAAUAAAAAAGAAAACACUGAGUGCAGAAGUUCAGAGCUGUUUGCUUUUCCAGCAAACUGUGACGUGUGUGUCUGCAGGUCUGUCACCCACCAGGAGUCUGAUGAGCUACCAGGGCUGUCUGGGCCCCAGUAGGGAUUGAGAGGAAGGGAACAAUUGCCCUCUUAUAAUAGUUCCUGGAAGGAUGAUGGCAGAGCUCGCCACCACUCAAGCAGAAGGAUCUGUAAGCGUCAGGCCACAGCUCCUGGAGCUCUUGUGGUGCUACGAUACUUCAGCUCUCCAGCUUUCUAUUUUCAACUACUGCGUCUGGGGGCUGGUAUGAGGUGCUGGCAUCAGUUCAUCAGCCCCACAAAGCGAGCAGUCAACAGAGUAAAAUGUUAAAUGGUAACUCCAGGCUUGUGUUUUGGCCAUUGUGAUUUUCGUGAAUGAAUACAGCGGCUCUCAAAGUUUGGUUUUGGAUCUUCUCUCUCUUGGACACUGUCCGGGUGAACGCCGUUCAAAGAACGAGGAAGAGGUUUCUGUGUCUUAUUAAAGGGAAAAAAAUCCACCCUCCGCUGCUGCCUCACUGUUAUAUCACCUCUCUGUGGUGCUCAGUGCACUCCAGGACGUGAUUUCAUUCAGCUUUUUGGUCUACCCACUGUCUCUCAUUCUGUCUCAUCUACUUUUGCUUCAGUUGCUGAUUUCCUACAUUUUCCAAAAUGACUUUGGAACAACCCCCGAAGAACAGGUGUGAACUCAUCGCAUUCAGCGGUGUGUUAAUGUACAGGUGGAAAGACCGAGGACAAACGUAUGAGCAGAAGAGCAAGAGGUUUUCCCAUCGACAAACCCCGAACGGCACCUUUAGCUCUAAAUGUUUGUCCUGUGGCUGAGAUGGAUCCUGGCUUCAGAUUUCUGCCUGCAUGUCUGUUGGUGCCGUUACUGACUGAAGCUUUUCUCUUUAAUAACCUUCAUUAUUAAAGAGAAUCAUUAAAACAUCACUGAUGUUUUAAAUACCUGAACGUUCUUCUGAUCUCAGACUCAGCUCACGUUGGAAACAGUUCAGCCGGUCGUCCAUGGAAAUAAGAAAAGUAAACCAAACAACCAAAGUGACGGAAGGUAUUUCACCACCAACAGAAACGGUGAAAUGUUUCAGGGUGGAUUUUUUUGUCCUUCAAAUCACCAUGAGUGGAGUUUGUGAAUUAUACCUCAGUGUUGUGAAGAAGCUUUAAUCCCUUUCAGAUUCCUGCACAAAUUGUUGCACUCAGAAACAGUUAAACAUCGGCCACAGGUCAUCAGAGAUGGAAUCGAAAAAAAAACUAAUUCUGGGAUUAUAGACAGAAACAUUUUCAGUUAUGUCCAAAAAAGUGUAGCUACAGCCUGAAUAUGAGAUCUGAGCCACACAGGAUGUUAAAGAUUUACUAAAUAUGUGUCUUACAGUGACUUAUGUACUUACUUUAGCACUCACCGUAUUUCAUUUAUUUCCGUUUGGAAACUUCCUCUCUGUGGUGUGAUAGAUAUCUCUGCGUGGACACGGAUAAAGAAAUCAAAUUAUUUCAUUUUAAAUCACCUUGAAGCAAAUUCAGUUGAAACUUUGGGGAUUGUCAGGCUUUCUCACAGCACUGAAUAAUUUAAAGGUUUGUCUUGGCACACUGUUUUCCCUCUGAGGUCGGCUCUGAACUCCUGCACUGAUUCUCAUCCCAACAUGUUAACGCAGUCAGAAACGCCCGUGUUAUUAAGUGCAUGCAAUCAAGUCAGUGUCUUCUGUAAAUACCGUAACCCAUGUCUGAAGUGUCUCAAGUGUCUGUUGGAGGUGUACAGUAUCUCUGUAUGUGCAUGACUGUUGGUGCUCUCUGCUCACUCGGGUUAAGAGGUGCAGCGAGGGAGCUCAGUAGACGGAGGGACGGCUGCUUCAUCACAAACGCGUCAGGUGCAGGCGGUGAAGGCCCUUUCUGCUUCCUCUCAACCCUCCUGCCAAAGCCAUAGAACUCCACAGAGGUGCACCAGACAAUAAAAAUACACACUUUUCCCUGUUCCCACAUGGAAACACAAGAUCAAACGGGCAUUCUUUGGCAGAAAUAUGUCUAUCGUGUAGGAUUUGGUUUGUUUGUGUUACUGUUUUUGCACUGUACCUGUCAUCCAUCCCAGUGAAGUGACACGAGGGCUGUAGGUUUGUGCGAGAGUGCCAUCUAGAGGUGAAGCAGGAUCACACUGUUCAUGUUCUUGUCCCAUCACAGUGCAUUUCUCACUCCCAAAGCACUAUGGGAAUGUGAUGGCAGGCGGGACCCUCACAGCAUUAUAUCCACAGUGUCUGGAAAUUGUUGAUAUUAAAUGUUGAAACAUGAGGAUUUUUAUGUAUAAUGUAUAAUUUGACUUUGGUCUACCAACACCGCGGGCUGGUAGCAGCACUCGUAUGCCAACACAUAUUUAAACAGUCUAUUUAUAGGAACAGACUUCUUGCCUAUGGCAGAAAAAGUCCUUUUUAACCUGUAAAAGGUUUAAUUCACAGAUGAUUUAUCAAUAUUACGUUUUGGAGACUGAAUAAAAAGCACUUUGUGCAAAAACAGUCUUCAAAGCCUUGUAGGUCACACUGGUUUUAUUUGAUUUGAUUUGAUUUGAUUUAAUCAGAAAAAGUCACACUGAUUAAAAUUAGUUUAGUUCUUUUUUUACAGUGUUGGUGGAAAUUUCCCACCAAACUCUCAGCUGGUCACUGCUGUCGUGCAGGGGUUAACUGGAAAAGUGUUCCUUUAUUUGUUCUUAGAGAAGAACUUUGACUUUCACAUUUUACUUUUGUUUGUGUAUAUGUUGUUUUUUUGGGGAUUUGAGUUCCAGUUACUGCGGUUACAGGUUUACUGUAAUCAGACUGUCCUCACCCCUGCAGAACAGUUGCAUGUCUCGAUCGCUGGAGUAGAGUUUUAUUUUGGAGGGGAACCGCACAGUGUCUCUUCGGUAGCAUGGUGGUUGGAUCCCACGUUUUUGUUAUGUAACUUUGUACAAACCUAAUAAGCGUAUCUAUUAGAAAAGCACAUACUAUACAUACUUUGCAUGUGCAAUAUUUAAACAUGUAGACUAGAGAAAGACUUUCAGUUGUACUAUUUAUUAGAAGCAUAAUAAUUCUGACAUUGUAAAUACAGAAAUCUGUACAAAAAGUCAAAGGAUUAAGA